AUGUCUUCCUACAUUGUCGGAGUCAAGAAGAACCUUUCAGAGGAGCAAUAUACUGCAGCCAGAAAGGCCAUCGAAGAGCAAGGGUGCGAGGUUAAGAGCGAAUACGACCGCACCGGUGUCUCGCCAGGUUUUGUUGUCGAGAUGCCGGAAGGCACCGUCACAACCUUAGAAGCGCACGACCACGUAGAAUUUGUGGAAGCAAAUGGCGAGGUAACAACCCAGUAG